GUUUUUUUUGUAUCUCUGUUAUCGCUCAUCAUAUUUAUUUUUGUUCCAUUUAAACGAAUCGAAAAGAACAAAAAAAACCCUUCUUUCUUCGCGAACUGAUUAAAUCACGGUGCAAAAAUUCGAGUUAAAACACCCCCUGAUAGUGGGUCAAUCGAUUGAUACCGCAAGAGGACAAGCUCUCCCACGGGGUCGACAGCCAUGAACGAUUGUUUUCGCGUUUUGGUAGAUUACGCUACCAGAUGCUUCAGCUGCCAUGAAGAUUCUUCCGCACAGGGCAAUGAACCGAACGAGCGAACACAUCUGCUGGACAAUCCGGUAAGCAAUAGUCCCGCCGUCCGGAGGUCGGACAGCGAAGACCUCACACAGGAGUACCCAAACUCGGUACCGAAGAAGGACGACGUUUCGGCGCUGAACAAGAUCAUUCAGGAUACGGCGGCGAAUGUGAUCGACGUUGCAGCAAUGGACAUUCACAACAUCGAACCACACGAAUACAACGAUCGGGUGAAAAUCUAUUCACAGCGACUGGCACAACAGUGGAAUACGGUGCAGCAUCCGAAUCAUGUACACCAUGUUGGGCUCUUAAAGGACAUUGCGAAUCCGGAGUCGGUAUUAGCGUCAGCAGCCAUCGCGCCAGCAGAUUUGAGCAUGAUCCGUGACAUGGUUCAGAAGGCGAACGUGGCAGUCGGGGAGAUCAAAGUGAAUCACACAGAGAAUCUGGUGGUGCCUUUUAGGAUUCCAUAAUAUCACGCCAUAAGGCGGCAUCUGUAAAAAAAAAAAUGAAAAUCUUGAAGGAUAACACCCGCGAAAAACUAGGGUUGGAUGCCGCAGCAAUUUGUUUCUUCUUUUUCAAUUCCCUAUCCCUGCAAUGAUAUGCGUUGAAAAGUUUAAAUUUAUGUUACUUUCGCAUAGUGCAAAAGCAUAGUUUAUUCUACAUUUUAUCCGUGUCGAAAGUUUAGUUACGUUUUCUAUUUUUCUGUUAAGUUAACUGGCUACUCUUCAGUGUAGUAGAUAGAUCAAGAUUCAACAGUGUAAAAAUGUUUCCAUAGAGCUUUCUUCUUCGGGCAAACGGAAAUCCUUCGCGGUCUGGAAUUUAAGUGUCGUGUGCUCGAGAAAGUGUCCUGUAGCUUCCCCGAAACAAAACGCAAAAUGUACGAGCAAAAGUGCUGGCCUGUAAUUAUAAAAGGAUGAUUAUUCGUAAAAAUAUAUAAGCUUUGUAUGAAAGUGAA